AUGGCCGCGCUGCUGCUGCUCAUCACAGCCGCGGCCGCCGCCAGCCUCGGUGACCUCACAAGACGGGAGACUGGCGACGUCUUCACUCUUAUCGGCGAUGAAUGCGGUGCAGCACAAUGUGCAGAGCAUGGCGCUGGUGCGACGAACUCGUACGACGCGUCCAUUGCCGGCGGCUGUGCGUGCGCAUGUCCUCAACGAGCGCCACUUUUUAGAGAAGAUAGAGAGCUAUGUGUGGAUGAUCUACCAGAAUGCGCUCUUGCAACUUUUGGCACAGGAAAUGCCAUGCAACGAAUCCCUUUUGUGUUUUUGCCACUGAAGGGCCAAAUCAUUCAUCCUUCCCGGGAAAUAACUUUUCAAAAUGUCAAAACUCCAAUAUGUGCUGUAUCGGGUGCUCAGUUUCUUACAACUAAAGGCUUUUUGGAUCUCCGAAAUACUCUGGAUGCUGACGUACCAUUUAGCCUCUUCAGGGAUGAGGGUCGAACGUUUUUGCAGUGGAGCGGUGAAGACGAUGUUCGCACGCGCAUGUCGGGUCGAGUGAUGGUCGUGAGACUCCUGUGUCGAGAUGUCUCUACCUCUCCUGCAUCACCGCUCGAUCUUCGAGGUGUAUUCACUCCUUGUGUGGCCUUUAGAGUUCAAGGAACUCCACCCAGGCAUGCAACUAAUAUUACUGAAGUGCAAUUCACACCAACAGCUCAUACGUCAGAUACACCACCGUCAACUGGUUUGAGUGCUAGCGAAUACGUAGCUAUAGGCAUAAGCUCCCUCCUACUCGGACUUAUCUACGUAGCCUCAGUUUUCCUGUACCUACAUAUAAGAAAACGGCGGAAAGCAUCUACAGAAGAAAACAGUGCUCGAAGGACCAAAGGGCGGAAAAGAGACGGCACGAUAAUAACUGAAAGAGAUAUACUCAGAAUCAACAAUGAACGAGUUCAAAUUUCAAAUGCUAUGGGAGAGGAGGGUGUCAUUAAAAAGAAUCCACUCCUUACAGUUGGAAGGUCCUUUGAUAAAUCCUACCCAAGUGAUACUUGUAGCAAUUUAUCAGAUUCUGAAGAUAUGCCUGAUAGUAGUUUGAAGAGCGAAGAUAAUGUAUUCAAUAAAAGAACGACAUCUGCAAUAAUUCAUCUGCACAAUGAAGAAUCCUCAAAUCCGUUUGAGAACGUGGAAAUAAAUCACCGGGAUGAGUCUGGAAUAGAACGUCUCCCAGACGAACACGUGUCUAUAGUAGAAACAAUUGAUGAUAGAGAGAUAGCGCGUCCUGUUGGUACAACGAGACGAAAACUAUACUUCAAUCCGGCCUAUUUUGAACCUCACUUCAUGGCUGAUCCUCCAGCAGCAGCAAUAGAAUUUCUCUCUAAAAUACGCGAAGUAAUAUCCAUAGCAAAACAAAAAAUGGCGGCCAAACGUUUUCACCCCAUUUUAAAUGAAAUACCAGAAGAAGAAACUUAUCCUUCUAAUGCUAACAGCAUCGAUCUUUAUCAUGGACUUGGUAGCCAACGGAGUGGAAGUGUAAUAAGUCUCAAACGUGAUAAUGCUAGGCGUCGAUCCUCCGACUGUUUAGGGUGCCCUGGGUGUCAAUCUAAUACUAAUAAUGAUAUACAAAAUAUCAAAAAACACAAAGUUCAAAAUUGUUCGAAUUGCUUAAAUACUAAAGGCGAUAAACAAAGCAGUAUCCGAGAAUGGCUAGAAAACAUACCGAGUGAGAACGACGAACUUGUCGAAGAUUCUGAAACAGACGAUCAAAUACGUAUGCCAAGAUCUUUACAAACUCUACCUGGGGUUGGAAACCGAAAUAAGGUAAAGAAACAACAUAGUUUUUCAGAUAGAUUUUCUAUGUUUUCAAAUAUAUCGAAAAAGUCUACGUCACCAUCCGUAAGAUCUGAGCCUACAUCACGUAAUUGUAGUACGAUAAUGCCACAAGUGAAUGAUGCAUCGGAUAAUAUAAAUCAAAAGAGUAAGUUUACUGAACUCCGAUCAAUUAGUUCAAGAAGCAACGAUUCUGAUAGCCGUAUUAGAAAUAUGACCAAUAACAAUUCUUUACCAGAUAUGGUAAAUGACGCUAUCGCGUUGGAUCAAUUUUCAAAGUCAUAUAAUCAUAAUAGUUCUGACGAAGAACGGUUUACAAUCAAUUCAUCUAAACAUAUUAUAGAUAAUACUUACUUUAAUACCUCGGAAAGUCCUAUAACAAAUGACUACGAAACAGAUAGUUUAGAACGCAAUUCUAAUAAAAAAGACAUUACAACAUCAUCAACACCAAUCGAAUUUCAUGAUAUCCCAUCAUCUCAAGCAAGUCCUAGUUUAAGCACUGCGUUACCUUUAGAAGAAGAACUUACAAUGCGAAAUGCUGUAUAUAAAAGAAACUCUAGUAGUGAUAGCAAUACCCCAUCCCCAGAAGUUGAUUUAUGUAUUAACCAAAACCACUACGAAACUGUCCAUGCUAAAAGCCCGCCCCAAAUUGAAAAUAAAGACGAUAUCGAAAUAAAGGUGCCUUCCUAUAGCUUGGUUACCGAAGUAUAUGUUAAUAACAGUUACAACUUUAGUAGUGCACCUACUUCACCAAGUGGUUCUGAAUGCUCACUAGGUAGCAGAAAACUGGUAACAAUCCCAGACCUUAACGAAAAGCCUGGGUGUUUAACAAUUGAGGUAAAAGAUUCGCCAGAAAAUUACAUUAAAAUUCACGAAUCUGAUGAUUUUGAACCAGAUACUUUGGACCGUAAACAACAAAAGCAUAAAGAAAUAUUUGAAAAUAUGCAGUUCAGUCGCCAGGAUCUUUUGAGAAGUCUUGAUAACCAAAGCACGAAAAGUUGCCAAAGAAUUCAGCUGCGCAGUAGUGGCACGUUUCUGCGUAAUGGUAAAACAGAGCACACUACCAAAUUCAAUAGUUUGAGGUGUGGCUACGACAUAAAGAACUGUCAAGUUCGCCCAAUAAUGUCCCCUAAUAUCUUUACUAACUCUUCUACGCACGAGGAAUCAUCGGACAGAAGUUUAGAAGAUUCAGGCGGUUGGACGUCAGAAGACGGACGAAUACUAACUUUAGAACUAAGACAUUCCAAAAGGCAGCGUCAGUGUACACCACCCACAAUAAAGCAGAAGCAUCUAGCUCGGCCAGAUGUUCUUCCUCCGUUGCCUCCAAUCGAUAAUCCUAUAUAUGAAAAUCCAACAAGCCCUCCCAGAAGAGUUGAAAGUGGUAGAAUUAUUCUGGAUCCGCGGUCAAAAACUGUAUGUGAAAGAAGUCUUAGUCCAAGAGACCAAAAUCCCUCCAUCCAAGAAUCACACGUAUGUACUCGUGAUUUAAUUGAUGCACCAUCUUGUAGUCCUAUGAACAGCUCAUUCCAAUCACACAGCAUAUCAGAAUAUGAUGACAUGAACCAAAGCAGCACGUCUCACAUCUCGAAACCUAAUGAAUACACUAUAUGUUCAACUAGACGGAAUUCAUUAAGAAGCAAUAGCGGAAUAAAUACAAACACUUUUGUCAAAGACCAAAAGUUCGAAAAACCAAAAGUAAGAAGGAAGAAGGGUUUAAGUAUCGAAGAUUCGGGGUAUCUUAGUAGUGAUUCUACGAGCUCAAGACAUUUUCAAAGGAAAAUAGUGAUAGCGAAAAUAGCCAGUUGUAGUGAUAGUGAUGAUACUGGUAAUGAAGCUCGAAGUGAAUCGGGAGCUGAAAGUGUAGAAACACAUUCUGUGUACUUUGGUAGUUUCAGAAACUUACAGCCAAGACCUGAACACAAUACUAUUAAAAGUGUUAGAAAUAAACUAAAAGUUAAAAAUUAA